GACUUUAUCGCGAAAAUUAUGCUUGAAUAGAUCGUUUUGUCCAUUUUCGUUUGAAAUAUAAUAAACCUUAAGUUAUUUAAUUUGCAGCUAGUUUUAUUUUAUAAGUAAAAUAACAAAAUGUCCUGGUGUUACUUUCGGAAAAGCGGAUUACUUGAAAGAACUUUAUGAUUAAACUUACUGUGUAUCGGUAAUCAAUAUGGCCGACAGUAUGUAUUUGUCAGAAGGAAUUGUGGCGGUAUUUAUAGCAACGUUUCAAAAUCAUAAAUUAUAUCAUAAUUUAAAUCCUUCCUCAUGUGCCGAAGUAAUUUAAGUGUAUGAAGUUAUGUUAUUGUUUAACUUAAUAGAGAACAUUAAGGAUGUUGCUUUUGAUAUAUACCAAAACAAACUAUUUAGCAUCCAAGUGUAGUGUAGUGCAGUACAGUGUAUUUUGUUUAAUUGAAUUGUGUUUUGUAUAGUUUUUCAAGAACAUAAAAAUUUACUAUUUGCCCGCGAUGUCGCAUCAUGAGUUGUGGCGAUGAUACCUACUCGAAUCGUGCAACCGGCGCUGCUCUUCCACUCAUGGGUGUGGAGCGGGGCGGGGGCGGGGGCGCCGGCGGCGCGGACUCCGUGCUCAACGGUGCCGGCCCGCCCGAGCGCGCAGGCGAGCCACCGCGAAAACGCCCCAAGCUCGUUUCGGACGACGCGCAUCUGCUGCGCAAGCGCUUACUCGAGUCCAAGGUGUUGCGCUUGAAGAGCCUGCGCGAUAGGUUUACGGAGCAACUGAGCGAGCUGUACUUCCUGCAGGCGGGCGGCAAUAUGAUGGACUACGUAGCGUGGCGCAAGCGGCCGCCCGCGCAGCUCGUUGCUUUUCUCGAGUCUCGCCGGCCGCCACCUGCGGCGCCUCCGCCGCCCGAACCGCCGCCCGCGCCAACGUUACCUGCCGCGGACACGUCGCUCCCGGUGCCCGCCCCGGUACCGUUAGCCACGCCCGCCUCACCGACGUCGCCGGUGACGUCGACGCCCGACUUCGCAUCCACUCCAUCGGUUGCGUCAGCCGUUGCCUCUAUUGUUGUUCCCCAAGCCCUAGAACCGAAGGGCGAGGUUGUCGUUCCUGCUACGCCCUCCGCCGGAGCGCCCUCCGUUGCCGCAUCCUUCGCCGCCACGCCCUCCGCCACCGCACCCUCUGUCCCCGCCCCUGUGUCCACGCCUGCGCCUACUCAGGUAGCGAGCGCGGCCGACGAGAUGGUGGAAAAGGCAAAACAAGAGGCGUAUGUUGCGGCUCGAGUGGCCGAGCUGGCUCGCGCCGGCCUGUGGACGGAGCGCCGGCUGCCGCGCGUGCUGGAGCCACCGCGCCCCAAGACCCACUGGGACUACCUGCUGGAGGAGAUGGCCUGGCUCGCCCAAGAUUUCUCACACGAGCGAAAAUGGAAAAAACAAGCCGCAAAAAAGUGCGCCAGAGCUGUACAAAAAUAUUUUCAAGAUAAAGCUCUCGCUGCACAGAAAGCAGAAAAAGCCCAAGAAUUGCAAUUGAAAAAAAUUGCGUCAUUUGCGGCUAAAGAAAUCCGAACAUUCUGGUCUAAUGUGGAAAAACUGGUGGAGUGGAAGCGAGUGCGGCGCGUGGAGCGAGCCCGGAAGGAAGCUUUGGACGAACAGCUGAGCUACAUCGUGGACCGCACCGAGCGCUACUCGCGUCAGCUCGCCGCCAACCUGACCGCCGCACCCGGCGCGCCCCCCGCACCCGGCGCGCCCCCCGCACCCCCUGCACCCGACACACCGCCCUCCGAUGAUGAGUUCCAGCCGCGCGGCAGCUCCGACGACGACGAGGAAACUAUUGCAGCCGCCGAGCGCGAGGCCGCACACGACGCCGCCGACCACCGCGACGAGCUGGAGGCGCUGCGCCGCGAGUCCCAUCUGGCGCUCGACGACCUGCUGCCGCCCGGCUACCUGCCCGCGCACUCGCCGCCCCUCUCAGACUACGGGCCCGACGCCGACUCCGCGGACGACGAGGACACCAUCGCCGAGCAGGAGCUCGCCGAGCGCGCCGAGGACACCGCGGCGGAGGUGCAGGCGCUUCGCGACGAGGCCGACCUCGACCUCGACGAGCUGGUGCGCCGCUACACCGCGCGCGGCGACCGCCCGCCGGACCUCGACGGGGGCGCCGACUCGGACGCCCAUACUGACAACGAUUCGAACAUACAUGCAGAAGACGACGCAGACGAUGACGACGAUAACGACGAUGACGAAAAUAACGAUACUAAUGAGAGUAUCGAGGAUGACGACGUAGACGACUCGGACGAUUCUCAAAGCGUUUCCGCCUCCUCCGUUUCGGAGGCACUAGAGUCGCUGAUGGAGACGGAGAGCGGCGGGGCGCAGGGCGGGGCGCAGGGCGGGGCGCCGGGCGGCGACGGGGGCGAGGGCGGCGAGCAGCGGGUGGAGGCGGCCGCAUCGCUGGCGGCGUCUCUGCAGCCGACGGGCACCACGCUGUCGGAGACGGCGGUGGGCACGCCGGUGCCGCGGCUGCUGAGGCACGCGCUGCGCGAGUAUCAGCACGUGGGGCUGCACUGGCUGGCCACGAUGCACGCGCGCGGCCUCAACGGCAUCCUGGCCGACGAGAUGGGGCUCGGCAAGACGAUACAGAGCAUCGCGCUGCUGGCGCAUCUGGCCCUCGAGCGCCGCGACUGGGGGCCGCAUCUCGUCGUCGCGCCCACCUCCGUCGUGCUCAACUGGGAGAUGGAGUUCAAGAAGUGGUGCCCCGCCUUCAAGAUACUCACAUACUACGGCACCAUUAAGGAGAGGAAGCUGAAGCGCGUCGGUUGGACUAAAGCGAACUCUUUUCAUGUGUGCAUAACAUCUUACAAGUUGGUAGUGCAGGACCACCAAAGUUUCCGGAGGAAGAAAUGGAAAUAUCUCAUUCUCGACGAAGCCCAGAACAUUAAAAACUUUAAGUCCCAGAGGUGGCAGAUGUUGCUGAACUUCCAAACGGAGAGGCGGCUGUUGCUGACGGGCACGCCGCUACAGAACAGCCUGCUGGAGCUGUGGUCGCUGAUGCACUUCCUGAUGCCCGACGUGUUCGCCUCGCACUCGGAGUUCCGCGAGUGGUUCAGCCCCGUGGCCGGCAUCGCCGAGGGCGCGCAGUGCCACAACGACGCGCUGGUGCGGCGGCUGCACGAGGUGCUGCGACCCUUUCUGCUGCGCCGGCUGAAGGCGGACGUGGAGCGUCAGAUGCCGCGCAAGUACGAGCACGUGUUGAUGUGCCGACUGGCCAAGCGGCAGCGCUUCCUCUACGACGACUUCAUGGCGCGCGCCAAGACGAAGGAGAGCCUCUCCUCCGGCAACUUGUUGAGCGUGAUCAACGUGCUGAUGCAGCUGCGCAAAGUGUGCAACCACCCCGACCUAUUCGAGCCUCGCGCCGUCUGCUCGCCCCUGCAGAUGCCCGCCCUGGGUCUGUCGCUGCCCGCCCGCCUUCUGGGCGCCGCCGCCACCGCCCGCCGCGCCCUCGCCCUCGCCGCGCGCCUCGCCGGCGACCUGGCCGCGCUCGAGGCGGCCGGCGCCGAGGCCUUCGCCGCGCACCGCACGCGUCACCUCGCGCCGCCGCGCCGCGCCGUGCACGACGCGCCCGCGACCCUUCACCCGCCGCGCCCUCCGCCCUGCGCGCUGCGUCUGCAUCUCCGCCUCGUGCCCCGCACGCCGCCCGCGCUGCCGCCGCCGCCGCCGCCCGCGCCUCUGGCUCGCCCCCCCGCCGCACCGGUCGACGCGGCGGGGGGCGCGGUGGGUGCGGCGGGCGGUGUGGGCGCGGCGGGCGGUGCGGGCGGGGCGGAGGCGCGCGCUGCGGCGUGGCGACGCGGCUCGCUGCGUCGGCUGGGCGCGGCCAACGAGCGCCGCUGCUGGCGGCUGCCGCUGUACGGCGCAGACCUGCGCGCCGCUGUGCACGCCGGCCCGCCCGCACUGCCGCCGCGCGACCUGCACGACCUGCUGCAACAGAUGAACGAUGUUAUAGAUCGCUUCAGCAUCUGCUGCGGCGGUGCGCGUGCGGGGUGUGUGCGGCUGCAGUGCGGCGGCGGCGCGGAGUGGCGCGCGUGGCGGCGCGGCGCGCGGCAGGCGGCGGCGGUGGCGGGGCCGCCGGCGCGCGCCGCCCUGGCGCUGCUGCACGCGCCCGCCGCGCGCCAGGCCGUCGCCUUCCCGCACCCGCGCCUUCUGCAGUACGACUGCGGCAAGCUGCAGACGCUGGCGGGGCUGCUGCGCCGGCUGAAGGCGGGAGGGCACCGCGUGCUCAUCUUCACGCAGAUGACGCGCGUGCUGGACGUGCUGGAGGCGUUCCUGUCCAUGCACGGGCACACGUACCUGCGGCUGGACGGCGCGACGCGCGUGGACCUGCGCCAGCCGCUCGUCGACCGCUUCAACUCGGACGCGCGCGUGUUCGCGUUCAUCUUGUCGACGCGCAGCGGCGGCGUCGGGCUCAACCUGACCGGCGCAGAUUGCGUCGUCUUCUACGACUCGGACUGGAACCCCACGAUGGACGCGCAGGCGCAGGACCGCUGCCACCGCAUCGGACAGACGCGCGACGUCCACGUCUUCCGGCUCGUCACCGCCGCCACCGUCGAGGAGAACAUCCUGCGCAAGGCGGAGCAGAAGCGCGCGCUCGGCCACCUCGCCAUCGAGGACGGCCAUUUCACCACCUCCUACCUGCGUCUGUCUAACAUAAAAGAGCUGUUCGGUGGCGAGGGGUCUGAGCCGGCCACGCACACGGCCACGCACACGGACACGGCCGCCGAGCCGGAGGGCGAAGUCGAGGGCGCGGCUCGCGGCGAGCUGGAGUGCGCGCUGGCCGCCGCCGAGGACGAGGCGGACGCGGCCGCCGCUCGCGCCGCGCGGGCCGAGGCGCAGGGCGAGCUGGCGGAGUUCGACGACACGGUGCCUCCGCCCGCCGCACCCGCGCCCACCGCGCCCACCGCGCCCACCGCGCCCGCACCCGCGCCUUCGCCGCACCGCGCAGACCUCGCAGAGUUUGCCACGCUCAUGAAUCAGUUGACGCCGAUAGAGAAGUAUGCGAUGCGACUGGUGGAGAACAGCGAGGCCGCCACCGAGGCGGAGCGCGCCGCCCUCGGCGAGAUGCGCCGGCAGCUGCACGAGUGGGAGCGCGCGCGACGGGCGCUGCGAGACGCCAGCCCCGCCCCCGCCCCCGCCCCCGACCCCGACCCCGCCCAGCACGAGCCCGAGCCCGAGCUGACAUACUGGCGCGGCGACGCUCGCGCCAAGGUGUGGGUGAGCGCCGCCGGCCCCGCGGAGCGCAUGCCGAUGUGGUGCCCGCCGACCCCGCCCUCCAGCGACGGCGACGUCUACUGCGACACCUGGGCCCGUCCCUUGUACCGGCGCGGCGCCGCGGCCGAGGCCCUGCUGCCCGGCGUCACCCGCCGCGACGGCCGCGGGGGCGCUGCGGGCGUCGCCGGCCGCGACCCGCGCCGUCUGCGUCUCGCCCCGCGCGCCGCCCACGCCCCGCCCUCCAUGUUCGAGAGGGGCGCGGCGGGCGGGGGCGGAGUGCCGCGAGCGCGCCCCCGCCCCCGCGCCUCUCUGCCGCACCGCGAGCCGCCGCAGCCCGAAUGGUCGGGCGGCGAGGACGCGGCGUUGCGUCGCGCGCUGCGUCUGCAGCGCCUGCCCCCCGACGCGCCCGCCGCGCGCGCUCCCAACUGGGACUGGGUGGCCGAUUUGGUGAACGACGUGGCUCGCGCCUACCGGUCGCCGAGGGCCUGUCGCGACCGCCACGACGCGCUCGCCGAUCCCGAGCGCGCGCGCCGCAAACACAAAAAGCCGGCUCCGGCCCGCCGGCGCACCGACGACGACUCGCCGCGGCCGCCGUUGCAGCGCUUAGACGCCAUGCGGGACGCGGCCGAACGCCGCCGCGCCGCGCCCAAGCGCCGGCUGGACGACGCCGCGCAUCGCAAUCCGAAACACCAGGCUCUGCUCGCGGACCACGGCGUCGAUUACGACGCGCCGCCGACGCCCAUGGAGGUGGCCACGCGCCGAGCGGAGCGGAUAGCCAAAGAGAAGAUGAAAGCGGGGGUCGCGGCCGCGAGCGGGGCGACGGGAGCGGGCGGGGCGCCGGCCGCCGGCACCGCGCCCGCCGCCGCCUCCGCCUCCGCGCCCGCCUCCGUGCCGCAGCGCAUAGUGCUGGCGGCGCACGCGGCGAGCGGGGCGGCGGGCGGUGCUGCGGGCGAGCGGCGCGCGGCGGGCGGCGAGGCGGGGCGCGCGACGACGCAGCUCGUGUACAGGCAGCAGCCGCUGGCCGCGCGGCACCACCUCAAGAUCCUGCACCACGCCGCCGCCGCCGCGCCACACUCACAGAGCGGAGCGAGCGUGACGAGCGGCGCGGUGGCGAGCGGUGCGGGCGCGCUGCAGCUCCUGCGCCGCGCCGCGCCCGCGCGCCCGCACCUCGUGCUGGCCCAGCUCGCGCCCGCCGCGCACGCCCCGCACGCCCCGCACGCCCCGCACCAGCAGCCGCCGCGCCCGCAGCACGCGCCCCACGCCCCGCACGCCCCGCACCCCCCGCACGCGCCCCACGCCCCGCAUACAGAGGCAUAUCAAAAAUAA